AUGGAUGAUAAUGAUGAUUACGUUGGAUGCUACAUAGAGUCUAGUGGUGCUUUGUCAGAAAUGCCCAUCUCUGCUGGUACUGUCACAACAGCAGAUGAAUGCAUCAAUAACUGCAAGAACCUCGAUAUGAUCUAUGCUGGAAUAAGUGUUGGGAAUUGUUCCUGUAGCAACAGCCUUGGCAGAAUUGGUAAACUCAAGGAAUCCAGCUACUGUAAGCAAAAAUGCAGUGGUAACACCAAUCAAUAUUGUGGUGAUGAAGGAAUGCUAUCAGUGUAUAGAGUAUGGGAUUCUCAAUGCCCUCCCAUUCCACAAGUAUCUCACGCCAGUUCAAACAGCACUUCCAGAACCCAUAGUUCUGUGGUUGGGUACCAGUGUGAUACAGGAUAUGCAUUUCCAUCUGAUGCAGUGAACAUAACAGCAAUACAAUGUGAACAGAUACAGUGGACACAGACACCCCCAGAUUGCCAAGUUGUGAAUUGCACAACCACUCAGCCAUCAGUUGUAAACAGCACAAGUGUGCAAGGAGGCAUCAGAUAUGGGAGUCGUGUGAACUACACUUGUUAUAAUGGAUAUCAGCUUCCAAAUGGAGCUGUAUUCACACAGAGCACCUGUCAGGCUGAUGGGACAUGGAGCAAUAUUUUGGUACACUGUGAGCCUAAACAUUGUGGCAGCAGGCCCUCAGUGACGAAUGCGUUAGUUGUGCUCGAUGAAGGCACAGUUGUCACAUCCAGAAUCAGCUACCACUGCAAUCCUGGCUACCAGAUAGAAGGUUCUGAUGGCUUGGUACAGGAGGUCACUUGUUCUCUGGAGGCCCAGUGGAACACCACCGAAUUGGAAAAUUGCACAGAGGCCCCUACCUUUGUUGGCUGUGUAUUAAGUAAUGGUGGACUACAUGGAACAGGAGCCACACAGAGUUUGGCUGGUAUACAGCAGGCAGAAAAUAACUAUACACAAAGAUGUAUCUCAGAAUGCAAACAAAAUGGCUAUGCAUUAGCUGGAUUAAGUGAGGGAAGUACCUGUCAGUGUGGACAGACAUACAGCACCAGUAAAAUUGUGGAUACAGCAACCUGCAACUUACCAUGCUCUGGUGGUGACACAACACAGUGGUGUGGGGGAACUGGCAAGACAGCAGUGUACAGAACAGACACUUUUUGCCCAAUGUUGCCAGUCGGAUCAACAGCAACUGUAAACACCACCCAACGGCUGGCAGGAACGGGUGAGGGUGUAGGAAAGUGCAUUGAAUGUGAGAAGAAGAACAGAAUCCCAGACUCAGAGACCGUGUGA